AUGGCUGAGCAAAACAGGAAACGACGCUUCUCUGACGAAGGUGUUGCCCAAGAUACCGACGUUAAGAUGGAAGAACCUACAAAGGCCGCAGCUAAGCCCUCGACGGCCGCCAAGCCUAACAACACCCUGUUCGUUCGAUCGCUACCAGCCACAGCCACGAAAGACAGCCUUGCCGAGUUCUUUUCGCAAUCAUACGUCCUUAAGCACGCCGUCACUGUCAACAACUCGGAAAAGCAAUGCAAGGGUUACGGUUUCGUCACCUUCGCUGACCUUGAGGACGCCCAGAGUGCCCUGGAGGAACUCAACGGAGCCGACUUUGAGGGAAAGAAGAUUCGAGUCGAAUACGCCCAACAGCGUCAUCGUGAGAUUGAUGAGAAGAUUGGAAAGAGUAAGCCGGCUGCGAAGUCGCAACAGAUCAAGCAAGACCGCGAAGACGAGCAUGCCUCAAACCAGCCCCAGAAGCUGAUCAUUCGCAACCUGCCGUGGAGCGUCAAGAACAUCGAGGACUUGUCGGCUCUCUUCCGCAGUUACGGAAAGGUCAAGUGGGCCGAUCUCCCCAAGCAAAACAACAAGCUUCGCGGUUUCGGCUUCGUCAUUCUGCGCGGAAAGAAGAACGCCGAGAAAGCUCUCCAAGGCGUUAACGGAAAGGAAAUCGAUGGUCGCACACUGGCUGUCGAUUGGGCCGUGGACAGGGAACAAUGGGAGAAUGUCAAGAAGGAUGACGGUGACGAGGAGGAGAAGAAAGAGUCCAAGGAGGGCGAGGAUGUGGUUAUGGAGGACAAGGCCGCGAAGGAGGACGAUGAUGAGACUUCAUCGGACGAGGAUGACGAUGAGGAGGAGGAUGAAGACGAAGACGAUGAGGAUUUGGACGACCUCGAGGAUUUGGACGAGGAGGCCCGCAAGGAACCAAUCGAAGACGACCGCAACGAGUGUACCGUCUUCCUCCGCAACUUGCCAUUCACAUGUACCGACGAUACGCUCUACGAGCACUUUACCCAAUUCGGCCCCCUUCGAUACGCCCGAAUUGUGGUUGAUCGUGAGACCGAACGUCCUCGGGGAACUGGAUUCGUUUGCUUCUGGAAGGUCGAGGACUGCAUGACCUGCGUCCGUGAGGCCCCCAAGCCUGACACAGUGGUUGCCGACAAGGAGCGCUCCAAGCCCGCCAUGAAGCACUCAAUUCUUCAGCACGAGAAUUCCGACCCUACUGGUCGUUACACCCUGGAUGGCCGUGUUCUACAGGUCGCCCGUGCCGUCAACAAGCGCGAGGCUACCAAGCUGGAGGAAGAGGGCGUUUCCCGCCGUCUGGUUCGUGACAAGGAUAAGCGCCGUCUCUACCUGCUGUCCGAGGGUACCAUCCCCUCCAACUCCCCUCUCUACAAGAAGCUUUCUCCCUCCGAGAUCAAGAUGCGCGAGGAGAGCUUCAAGCAGCGAGAGGGAUUCAUCAAGAAGAACCCCGCCCUCCACCUCAGUCUCACCCGUUUGUCUAUUCGCAACCUUCCCCGUCACAUCACAUCCAAGGACCUUAAGCAACUUGCCCGUGAGGCCGUUGUCGGAUUCGCCAAGGAUGUCAAGGCUGAGAAGCGUCAGUCCCUCUCUCGGGAGGAGCAGCAGCGAUCCCGCGAGACCAUGAAGGAACUCGAGCACGAGCGCAAGGAGAAGAAGGCCGGUAUCGUCCGACAAGCCAAGAUUGUCUUCGAGACUCGCGAGGGUACCAAGGUGCCCGAGAAGGCCGGUGGUGGUCGCAGCCGUGGUUACGGUUUCAUCGAAUACUACACUCAUCGUCACGCGCUGAUGGGUCUGCGCUGGCUCAACUGCCACCCGAUCGAGAUCCCCGCGAACUCGGACUCGGAAGAGAAGGAGAAGCGCAAGCGCUUGGUUGUUGAGUUUGCCAUUGAGAACGCCCAAGUCAUCAAGCGUCGCCAAGAGCUGCAAGACAAGAAGAAGCAGCAGGCCAAGGAGAAGGCGGAGAAGGAGGCAAAGGGCGAGCAAGAAGAUGACAAGAACGCGAAGGGUCAGAAGCGGAAACGCUCAGAAAAGGGCAAGGAUGGCAAAGAUGAUGAGGAGGACGGCGAGGAGGACAAGGUCGCGAAGCGCAAUCGGAUUAUUGGCAAGAAGCGCGCGCAGCGCAAGGCCCGUAGGGGGUGA